AUGGUCAAGGUCAACUCUGUCGUUUCGCUCCUCGCCUUGAGCUCCAAUGCUUUUGCAUUCGGCCAACCCAACCGCCAGCCCCAUCGCCUGCCCAUCGUCGAGGAGUUUGUGACUUGUUCUACCAAGCUGGGUCCUCAGGCCAACCGCCAUGUCGAGACGCACUGGAACUACAAGACGAGGACUGUGACCUACACCGAGAGGUUCACAACGACUCCUCACCCGACUGUGACGCCUACCAAGACCAAGACCAAGACCGUUACCACCGUCAUCAAGACUGUGACCACGGAGCCUGCCUAUACUGAUGUGGCCACUGUCACUUCCACCAGCACCUCCUUCUUCACCACGACAAACAUCGUCACGGAGACUGACACCGAAACUAACACGGUCACUACCACAACCACUCCUACCACCACCAUUGCCGCUCCUGCAGGCUUCACCCCUAUCUCCCAGGAGCCCGGCUUCGUCCCCAAGAUCAAGGGCCGCUCUGCCAACAGCCUCAUCGAGCGUGGCAACACUCUCCAGUGCCGACCCAGCAAGGGCGGCCCAAGCUUCUACCCUCCCCUGCACCCUCAGUCCGUCACCUGCACCAAGGUCAUCGAGCCCAUCGUCAUUAAGCGUGUCACAUACACCGCCAAGGCUUGCACCAUUACUGCCCGUCCCAAGACGAAAACCGUCACGACCACCGUCAGCCAGACUCACACUGAGACUGAGUGGCCUUGCGAUGUCACCAGCACGGUGACCGUACCUGCCACUACGGUCAUCACCUCGUCGACCGAUUCUACGACGACCACCACCACUACCGCUACCACCACCGAAUCCACCGUCGCUCCCCAGCAGACUCUCCAAGCGGCCUGCGGCCCAGAGAACCUCAUCACCACAGCAAACGGUGGUAACGGCAUCAGCAGCGUCAGCAGUUCGGGAACGGGUGGCUUCCUCCCCGUCAGCGGCACUCACAGCGCCUACGAUUGCUGCGUGGCCUGCUUCAACAGCGCUACCCCCUGCCGAGGAGCUCUCUCCUUCAGCUCGGGCUCAUGCUUCCUUGUGGUGGCAACUGACGGCGUUUGCCACGCGAACCAGUUCACUGGUGAUGUCCAGUUCGGGACGAGCACGGGACCCUCCAGUGGAGCGUAUGUCAGCAAUGGCCCUUGUGUAGAUGAGCAUGUGAAAGACAAGACAGACGGUCUUUCGUCUUAUAUCUAA